CAGACGACGUGAAUCAGCCAUCAGUUAUAAGCAGCCAACUCGACCUUUUAUCAGGUAUUAGCUUCAUGUUAUGGACAGUUCGGGAUUUCUGUCUCCUAAGGCGAACGCUUUCUCCAUUGCACACCUGAUCGACCGAGCACAGCUCGCAGACCUUGCGUUUUUGCGCGGCCAGAAUCCUAACUACAACUGGAACUCGCAAGUUCUACUGAAAGAUAUGGAAGGUACAACCAUAAUGCGCGCGCGCGCUAUCAAUCAAAUUCGAGUCCGGAUAGAUUUUGGCACUACCUUCCCUGCGGUUUUCCUGGGAGUUGAUGAGUGUCUGAGCUUAUAAUUUGUUUUGCAGAGCGCCUGAUGAACGUAGGAACGGGUAAGAGAGCACCAGCGAGAAGAGUCAACCAACAUAUGAUGCCAGAGGACUCUGACGAAGAAAGCGAUGCGGGACACUCCCCAGUAUCAAACUCCCCGCCACCUCAAUCUUCCUGCUCUCAAGCUGUGGCAUCUAGGCCAUUAUGCAGCGGACUGAUCAACGCUCGAGUAGACUUGGAAAUGAAGAGUUUAUGGGAAGAGUUUCACGGGCUCGGCACAGAGAUGAUAGUGACGAAGGCGGGAAGGUAACCAAUCACGAAUUUAUUUACAUUAUCCGUUUUGGGGGUUAUUUAGGCCCUCUGGUUCCACUUCAAUUUUAGACUUAUCAAGGUUUAAUCCAGGGUGAAGUAAACGAGUUCUCGUUUUGUUAUCUCAAGAUUCUUUAGAGAUGCAGUGGUUUUUUCGUAUCAGAUUUCAAAUAAUGGUUUCCGUGAUUUCAAGGGGAGAAUCGAUUCUCUUUAGGUUUCAAGCGAGACCGACCCAAGAUCUAUAGUUACAUCUCAGACAUGAACACUGAAUGAAAUGAGAGUCUAAAAGUCAAUUUAAGAAGCGUGCGCUUAAAACCUCCUUUUAAUUGGACUGGAAAGAUAGACAAUGCUUUUGAAGUCCCGGUUUACACUGCUCGAUCCUCGGCCAUCUUUCAUCAGAAAUGAGGUUUCGUUAAUAAGACACGAGUAGGUUGUCCAUUGUCGCGUUAUUUCUUUAACAAGCGAUGGUGCAAAACAGCCGUGAAAGAUUUAUUAUGUUGAAAAGAAACCUUAUUGUAAUUACACGAAUUGAAACACCGGACGGAAUAGACCAUAAGUUGCUCGUUGAUGGAUGUCACUGGUAAAUUAACCGAAAACAAUACAGCAAUAAAAACACUGGCAAUAAAAACGUAGGUGAAAAUAGGAUAUGGAUUAUCAAUCGGAAACAUACGUCUCAGGGAGUUUUCACAUUCUUUAUAUACAAGUAUCCAUGAAGCAAGACUUAGUAAAACUCGAAGUGGUGAUAAGUCCAAGAGAGUUGUGUUCUCUCCUUUUAAGAUUUCACGAUUCACGAUUCAUGUCCGGACAAGAGACAAUUUUACGAUGCUUCCUAUAAGACGAAGGCUUGUGUGUUUUUGCUGAAUUAAAUUAGCCAUUUUUACAGGAUUGUUCGAAGUACAUCUGACCUCUGGUAUUUGCAGAUCAAAUUCAAUAUGCUGUACUAUAUUUGGUCAAAAACUGGUAAGGAUUCGUAGCAGCGAGAGAGUUUAUGCAGAAGGAAACCAGAGUGAUUUUGACUGAAAACAACCAUCGAAGUGAUUUGAGAAAGAAUCCCUAAUAUCCUACGUGUUAAUACAUAUUUCUAGUUCCACCGGUCAAGUUUCUGUAUCAUUUGAAGGGUGUGACGUCAGGGAUAAUUAAGUUACCUUUGAAAAGUUAUCUCUCAAAACUUUGAAAUAUAAAGCCAGAGAAUGCAAACUAGUGGUUUUCUUUUUUGUAUCAGUAAUACACUCAUCGAACCUUAUUAAAAAGAAUUUUCAUUCUUUGCAACAGACAACAUUUCCUCUGAAGUCGUUUACACUACUGGUGCGAUUGGAAUAAUAAGUUCCGGAAAACCUCACGUGUAGAACUGAAGAUGGUGGUUUUUUUUCAUUUUAAUGUUAAAACCUUCCUCAUGAAUUGUAUAGCAUUUAACAUUACUGCAUUGUCUGGAAAAUCCAUCAGUAACACGUGUGAGUCAGCCAAAGAUUUUUACCUUCUGCUUUUCAUUUCUUCGCUCUUGAUGAAUUUGAUUGAAAAUGACAAUCGAAUAAUCAUUGAAGGUCAGGGAAGGUCUUCCUCCUGAAAAAAACUGUCAUGGCAGAAUUGAGACUUAAUCUGUCCUGGAGGAUAAGUGAAUCAUAAAAUCCAAUUAUCAUAAUUGGACAAUGGUGGCAUUCUGUAAAUUACAAUCUAUGAAUUUUUUUAAUUCUAAAAUUUAAUUAAAAGUUUCCCUCUUCAAACCUUUGCCAUUGUAGCCAAGAGUAUAACGUGUACAAUUGAAUAUUAAGUAGUCGUUUCUCGCUUAUGAGAGGGCUAAUAUAUAAGCAAGAGUAAAAUCCGUAGUUAUCAGUCACUUUUAAUUCUUCUGCUCAAAAAAAGGGUCCAACUGACUAUAAAAGACACGGAAAAGAUGCUGAGAGAGACAUCCAUCAAUAGAGCUUUCCCUCGAUCUCUCAUGAAUUCACUUAUUGCGGCUCAUAUCUUUACCCAGGAAAUCAAAAACCAUUCGAGCGCGUUUUGACUAUGUGUCCUUGAACGAAACUAAAGUGAUUUCAUUAGCCAAUCAAAAAAAGAAAAGGAAAAUUCUAGAAGGAGCCUGCGAGAAUCCCAGGAAAAACAAACAAACUGUUUGAACCGCGUUAAACUGGCGCGAGUGAUUGAGUCGUGAUGGUUUCAGUUUGCUUAUUUUCUUAACAAUUCAGUAGUGAAGUAAAGCGAAACCAAAGCGAAUUUCGGGUUCCUCUCUAUACUUGAUUAAACUCGCUCAUGUUCCUCAUGUACAGAAUAUAAAUCUCACACCAGUGUCUUGCUCAUUACGAUUGAAUUAAGGUUUUUUUCCCCUGAUCGUCGUCGGUUUUUGUCCAUAAGACAAAACUACUGUCAUGGUUUCUAUCAAACUUAAAUCCUUCCCCAUGUUGCGAAAUCGACUCCAACGAUUUUUGCAUAGCUACCUUAAACUUGAGGCUUCCACGAGUAGUUGUCAAGUUACCUCUUUAGUAUAUUCAUUACAUAACACUCAUAUCGCCAAAUUCUCGUUACUAAUCAAAGAGGUAAUGAAUAGCUGUUAAAAGGAAGAGUUAUCGAUCAUAUUUUGAGAGUGUAAAGGUUAAAACUAAGUGAAAGUUCUUGCUGCAAUUUUGCAAUACCUCUGGUCUUUUUCAGACGUAUGUUUCCAACAUUUCAAGUGCGCCUUCAAGGUCUGGACCCGUCGGCUAAGUACAUCCUAAUGAUGGACUUCAUACCAGUCGACGAUAAACGUUAUCGGUACGCUUUUCACAGUUCCAAGUGGCUGGUGGCAGGCAAAGCAGACGCCAGUGUACCCGGGAGAGUACACAUUCACCCUGACUCACCCUGUACUGGACAGCAAUGGAUGAAACAGAUCGUGUCUUUUGACAAACUUAAACUCACCAACAACCUUAUGGAUGACAACGGGCAUGUAAGUCCUAAGACACUGUCUAUAUCUGUAGAGUUGAGCUCAUCGAUCAACUCUAAAUGAUCACCUUUAUUGAGAAUAUUUAAACUGCAUUUAUGUUUAGAAGUUCCUUAACUGGUUUUGAACCCGCUUUCCUGUUUCGCUGAAGAUAUCUUUGUACAAGUUCUUUGCCCAAAGAGUCUGAAAAUGCACAAAGGCGCAAGUUGUUGUCGCUAGAUUUCGGUUUCUGAUUGGUAAGGACAAUCUCUUCAAGCAAAAAUUUCGGCAUGCUCAAAGGUUGAGAGUGCGUCACUGUCAUAAAAACUUCAGAGUCGAAAUUUUAUGCAGAAAGUUGAAAUCAAACACGCAUUAUUGCGAGCAAUCAAAUGAUUCCUCAUACAAUUCAGAGUGAAUGAUGAAGAGAAAUUUGCACCAGCCCGUAAUAAAGGAACUUGCGCCUAUUUAUUCUACCAUAUUGCUCUCGAAAAAAUUUGACUAUUUUUUCAUAAACGCAGCUUUUGCAUAACUGUGUCACUUGACCUUGUCAGUCAUCAAAAAUGGUUGUGGUACGAAAUCGAUAUCAAAAAUGGACAGUGCGUGAUGAAAUUCAUGUACACGCCGUAGCUGAAAUUAGCUUCAUCCCUGUCAGCAGAGUCUGACGACACAAGCUGACUGUGUAUGACGCAAAUCUAGUUUUCUGAUGAUAUUUUAAGGCAAUCAGUGAUAAAGAAAACAGAUUGAUUUAACAGGCGACGCAGGAUUUUCGUCAUCUAAAGCCACCUUGAAGGCGGCCAGGAAUAUUUUCCACCUGAUCCUAAACGUUUUUGCGUCUAAGAUUUCAGGAAACGCUUUAUUUUUUGUACGCAUUAGGUUAACUACAUUAAUCGUUAUGUUUAAUUCAAUUUUGUAAUCUUGUAGAGCUGCUCUGAGUGCCAACAGACUUUAUCUCGUGAUUUUAACUGCUCUCUGACAUUUCAUUAUGACGGCGAAUUUUUGUUGAAGCAAGCACAAGAGGGGGUGAAAACUGCAAAUGCAGCCGACAAAUUUCAUUUUGCAGCCUUUAAAACUUCGUGCACGCGGCUAACACCUGUCUUCAUGAUUAGCAAAAGUAGUUUUCAUCAGUUAAGUGGGUUAACCGUGCAAAGUCCUUGCCUAGACCAUUAUCUAUCAUCUCACUUACAGAGCGAUGAAUGAGUUUUUUUAGCGAAAAUUUGGGAUGAUUUGGCUGUCGAAAGAUCUUAUUUUUCAAAGCUUAAACCGCUUUUACGGUGCGUGUGGACAUGUGAUUCGCACUUUCACUGCCCCUAGUUCCGUCUUCCUUACAAUCAAGUGCAGUAAUCCAGGAUUAUGUCUCCCAAGUAGAACUCAAUAAUCAAAAUGCAAUGUUUUAAAAUCACAUUGGCAAAUGAUCAUAAUAUUGGCUUUUUCACCUUAUUUGGCUGUUUUUGCGGAAGGCGGGAGGUGCGGUGUCAAAACAUUCCUAUUUCAAGUGAAGGGUGUACAUACCGGAUAUUGCUUAAAUAUGUUCCAUACAAAUUUGGCUUAAGUGGCCCGAUUCGAUGUUAAUCUUUCCCUUUCCAAUUUUCUUCACAAAAUUUGCCCUAUUUAAAAAAAAAAAUAAGACGCUUGCGAUUUUAAUCAUACCGACUCGACUUGGAAAUCUUGGGCUGCAGACAAAUGACAUGCUAAGGAUCUGGUUUUGUCAUUGCCAACUUCUCCAAGGGGAGGAGAUUUUAAUCAAAACAUGGUACACGUACUGUUUGUGUACAUCUUUUGGGGUCCUUUUGGACAUGACGAUAAAAACGUUCAAAAAAGUUUUAGCAGAGUUCGAACAUUUCAAUCGUUGGCGAUGUACUGGUAAAAUGGAUACCAAACGUUCAGCUACCCGUAAACACAUUUUUUUAAUUUGUUUAUCAGGGAUAAUCCAAUUUGUUUUUCCGAAAAAUUCUCUAGAAUUAAACUGACUCCUUAUGGGGGAUUUAGAGUGAGCGGUUAAAGUUCCCAGAAUAGAAACGGAAAUUAGAACGCUUUUGAAACUACCAGAAAGAACCUCCCUGGGUGAUACUCCCUCGGCCUCCGGCUCUAGGAAACGACCGAGGAACAUCACGGCGACCACCCUCUUUUCGCUUUUCGCUCCCAAGAUCCCAACAUUAAUUCUCCACACUUUUUUACUUAUAUUCCAUAUAAUUUAAGUUAUGAGAAUUUGAUGCUAAAUCAAACAACAUCCUUCUGUUGAUGUUUUCUUUCUCUUCUUCUUCUCGUCACCUUUUUGGUUGAUAUUUCGUUGAUCUUGUGAGGAGAAAUUCGUUAUUAAUCACUAUUGGGAGAGAAAGGGUUAAGGUUUCCUCUUCUCGAUAAAUUUACAGAAUUGAGUGCCUGUCUUAACCAAAGGUAGUUUUAAUUACUUUAUUGAUCGUAAUAACGCUUUCAAAUUUCAAAACUAUGCUUUUGGAGCCCAGUUUCGGUUCUGUUUUGCCUUACUUGAACUCGGACGUUUUAACUCCUUGGCCAAUUACCUCAAAAACUAAGUUAAAAAAUUAACAAUAACUGAGUGAAAUUCAGUUGCUCGUGCAAAUCAGUUUCCCAUUAUUAUAUCUUGUUCGAUACUUCCCAAGCAGCUUGACACUUGCCGUGUGUUUUGCCAGGCUUUCUUUAUCAGGUUGCAUGUUCUUGGGCGUUGUCUUCUAUUCAAUCUCGUUCCUGGGGUCCGUUUUCUCGCAUUUGAAGGGAAAGAAACCGUGCACUUGCCACAAGCUGCACGCUUGCCCGCGCUUAACGCAGGAAAUGUGUGGUUCCGCGUCCGGUGCCAAGAGCCCCUGCUUUCAAGUAGAAUUCUGACCAGUCUGUUAUGUACGGUUCAUCUCGCAGAUCAUCCUUAACUCAAUGCACAAGUACCAGCCAAGAUUUCACGUGAUUCUUGACGAAUCGGAGAAAGGAAAUUCCAGGGCGAGUCUCCAUGAAACCAACAAGGACCAUCUACGAACGUUCAUCUUCCCUGAGACACAGUUCAUGGCCGUCACAGCUUAUCAGAAUCACAUGGUAAGUUUUUUUCUGUUUUGCUAAAUCGUACGGGGCGUCAGACCAUAUUCCACGCUAACUAUGUUUAAGGGACGUUUAGUGGCUGUAUAUGGUGAUUUGUAGUUCUUUAGUUUAUCUGAGUUGUUCAAAGCUCAAGAAACAUCAAUCCAGGAUUAUACUCCAUGGUCACAUACAGUUUUUCCAUGUGCUUAACCUGGGACAGGUGCUGAUCGGGUCUCGAUCAAAACAACUCUAGAACAUGCCUCUGGCAACCUUUUUCUUCCUCAUUUGUUUUCCUCGCAGAGUAAACAACUUAUAUCAGCUGCAGCACUAAACCUUUAAUUCCGCGGUCAGAGACUAUCGCUAUGUCAUGUAUGUUUGGCAAAAAUGCAUUUUGACGUUUGGCAUUCAGAAUUUUGUUUCAGCAACAUUUUUUUUUUUUUCAAUCGACCAGAAUUUUUUUCAGUGGCCUUCAAACCUUUUAUCGCGUUCUUUUCGCUUUUGCUGGCAUACUUUACGUUCUGAUGAAAAUGUUCAAAUAGAUUAGUCUUUUUUUAACUCUUACAUCUCUGUAAUUCAUUACUUAAUUAACAUAACUUUUAUGGAGAGAAGUCGGUCAGAACAAGUUUUGAAAUGGCGAGAGCGGGUAGUUUAGGAUAUUUAAGUGAUAGACUUCAUCGUGUUUGUCCAGUGUUAAAAUUUCAACUUAGCCUCAUAUUUCAGAUCAUCAAUUUGCUAGAUUUCCAUUGUAAUGUUGCAAUCGUUUUAUGAUAGGUCUAUGGUGCAAACUGUUAUGGGGAAGUUUUGAAAAGUCAUAAUCUUGAGCAAUUUAGAUUUGGCUUUUAAGGAACAAAAAUUAAGGAAAUUUGAAGAAUUCAUCGCGACUUUAUAUUAGUCUUGAGCAAUCUUCACUCAAUCACCCCAACUGACUAAAGGAACUGAUCACAAAAACGCGAAACGUAGACACGGAUUUUCCUAAAUUCAAACAAUAGGUUGAGAACAGAUUUUUGCUUUUAGCUACAUAAGGUGUCUUCCGAUCCUCUUAAAGAACUUUGAUCCUCAGAGAAACACAAUCUCUUGACCUUUUGUGUAAAUCUAAACAAACUUUUUUUUUUCAUGUAUUUCAAUUAAAACCCACCACAACCAGAAGUAUUCUAUUGAAAUAAUCGGAUUUCAAGAGGAUUUUGUCAUAUUGGAUUAGCACCGCAACAUAAUUAAGUUGUCCUAUUUAUCGCCUGAAGGCACAAAUCUCACUGUGAGAACAUCAGCUGGUGAUGUCAAAAGACUAUCACUCAUGUUGUAAUCCUUGAAUAGUGCCGACUGCUGUGACAAGUUUACAGCGCAAUUACAUUCCUUCAAAACAUAUAACAAGCUAAACCACAUAGGAAAGUUCUUCUCUAGUCUCAAUUUGGCUUGGACUGUAGUUUGCUUUUAAAACUUACAUUCGUUUAGCUUCGAAUUGGUUCUCUUCCAUUGUCUAUGCUAUCUUCGACAAAAGUGUCGUAAUUCUUCGCUUGAUAUUGAGCAUUGCAAAGAGAGAAACUUUCCCGGCCAGUUUAUCUCAAACAUCUUUCCCCUGUUAUUCUCAAAGUGACCACAAUACGAUCUUAGAAAGAGAUUGGUCGAUAUCUCCAAGUACAAUAUGAAUGGACAAAACAGAGAGCGGUCUUUUUUUUUUCUGUAAUUCUAUCUCAAUUUAACAUUCCCCAGCCAUUUCUAUACAAUUGACCUUAAAAAGUAAAAACACACAUUGUUUGGCUGUUACGUGAGGGGACAACAUACCAAACAUGGCUCUGUCCACAACACCCUUUAACAGCUCUUAACCACAGCCUGAUUAGAUUAUAUACUAUCACAACCCUUUAUCGGAGUAAUGCUUCUUAAUUUCGCAAAGUUUGAGUACCUACUUUUGACUUAAGUAUAAGCUAGUGAGUCAUAAAGAUAUCAACAUUAAUAAUCCUCUAGGACUAGUAAAACCAUUACUGAGACUAGGAAAAGGUCAAUGUCCCUUCGGCUGAUAGGCAUAGGUUAUCCAAUACGUACUUAACUUGGCGCAAGACACGUCUAUUGAUUAAAAAGCGGCAUUUUAAUUGAUGAUGAGGUUAUAAAAACACAUUCGGUUUUUCUAUUGCAUUCCGAGAGCCUGUGGCUGAUUUCAGACAUAAACCAUGCUCACAGAUUAGUUUUUAGGGAGAGGUGACCGACGCGAAUGCGUUUUGAACAAGAAUAGUUCACGCGAAAAGGACAGGUCUUGGCCAUGUUUUUUUUUUUUUUUUUUAAGUGGAAAACUCUUGGAAUCAAAACAGUUUCAAUGUUAAAAAUUCAUGAUUUUGAGCCUCUUUUUCAUACUAAGUCGCAACACUCAUAAUUAUUCCUUCAUCGGGCUUUUGACUAGUACAAAGUCUUUUUGGCAACUAUUUUUUGCUGUUAAAUUUUCUAGGUAAGAUUUGAGGAGUAAGAGACACUCCCUGAUUAGCAAACUGAGGUAGUUUAAUCAAUUUACGAAGUAAUGCCUUUGAUUAUGUAACUGACUACAAAGGCCAAUUAUUUGCAGGAACUCUAAAUAGUUACUUGUCUUACUAGUUGAAUUGAGAACAAAAAGCUGCUUAGCACGUUUUCAUGCACAAAUGCAACAGAAAAAAAGGAAUUGUUGUACACAAAAGCAAAGAAAACUUGCCGGUCAAGAACAUUUUUUUUCUGGACGAUCUGUUGGACAAGAAUAACCCUAGAACUUCUUAAAUUUCUUCGACAAUGCUCCUUGACGGGUCAUCUAUUCAAGAAAAUUUAUUCCUUUUGUUUAUUCUUGCUCAAGAAGUGGCAGCUAUAAUCAGUGCUAUCUACGCUAUCAAGAAAAAAACUCUAUAAGUUAAAUGUUUUCAGGGAGACCUCACCACAGCACAAAUGCUCCUCAAAUCUUGAGAAAAUUGUAACUUUAAUUAAGCAAGCUUCUACUUUGUACCCUCAGGCAGUUAACCCUUCCGGAGUAUAUAGUAAAUCUUAAUAAUACCUAACAUGCCUUCGACUUUUUCGAUUCAGAUAACACAGCUGAAGAUCGCCAGCAAUCCAUUUGCCAAAGGGUUCCGAGAUUGUGACCCGGAUGACUGGUGAGUACUUUUAUGAAAUUUUCUCAUAAGUUUUGUCAGAUUUCUGAAAACGUUUUUGUUUCCUUGAGACUUUGAAUUCACUAUUUUCAGGACACCAUUUUUUGUCGAGCUAAACAUUCCAAAAGCGAAAUUGAAAAAAAAAAUUCACCGGGUCAUUGUGCCUCUUUGAAUCUCGGUGUGACGAAACUCCUAAUUGCAUUUAAAAUAGUCCACUUAAAUAACUGCAAUGUUCUUCUGAAUGUCGAAAGUAAUCCAUGAUUGCAUCGGUUUUGCUUUAGUACGCUACCGGGAUCAAUAUCAGUAUCUGAGCAACUGCCCACCUACCCCUCCCCUAACCCAACAUUAACCUUAACUUGUUGUCAAUUGACUGUUGCUGGGUUAGGGGAGGGGUAGGUGGGCAGUUGCCCAGAUACUGAUAUUGAUCCCGCUACGACCACUAUCUCAACUAAUCAAAUGCUAAACUAAGAGCAAUCGUUACUUUAUCACCAGCCAUGCAUCAACAUCUGCAUCUCCAGCGCUUCAAGACUCCUAGGGGAUUUAUCUAUGAACAUGUAAACUAGUUUUAUUGUAAAUUUAGAAUUAACUUAACGAUUUAGUCAUAUUACAAAUUAGGUUAGAGUGUUCCUAAAUCCAAUUAGAUUUUAUUAUUGUAAAUAUAGAUUUUAGAUUAAACUUAUACCUCUUAGUAUAGUUUUAACUGUUUUAGGAACACCUCUCAUAAAAAUUUAAGAUUAAAGUGAUAUCAACCUGGUUCUGAUCGGCUGUUUUGUGGCAAUUACAAGUGUACUAUUAUUACAGUAAAUUCACGAAUUGAGCUGCAGAUAAUCACUUAAAGAAAAUUAUUCCAAUAUAAUCUUUUUUCACACUAAAAUGCAGUGUUAUGGAAGUCAUGAAACAACUUGACCAGGGAGAAAUUUCUGCGACCGCUCGUGCCAGGUUACAUGGAGACAUGGUAUCUCAAAGAAAUGAACCUCAAGUACCUCGGCCUCAGGCUCCCCGGCCAGUGCCUCCUGUCAGCGCUGUAAAUCCAGCCUUCACCUAUCCAGGUGAGAUAACUUUUAAAUUUGUUGGCUUAAAUUAGCUGUCCAGGGUUGAGUCUGUGCCGUAGUCUUAUCAGAGAUUAAACUAUGGUAAUCCACAAUUCGUUUGUCUUAGGUCCGUAUGAAAAUAGAGGAACUCCGCUGACGCACAUACCCAGAAAUCUCCCUAACUCUUCGCCUCCCGGAGGAUAUCUACCUAUGAUGCCUCAAAUGAUGGGCCACGUGGGCCCUAACCCGAUGUCGCCGACAUCUCCGACAAGCCCUGGAUAUGGCCAGCGCACAUAUCAAUCAUUACGCAUGCACAGGACAAUGCCAUAUCCCACAAGGCAAAGCAGGUCUUCUUCAAGCGAUGAAAGUUGCCCAUAGAAACACACCUGAAGUUUAAUACAUUGAAUUAAAGCCGGAUCUCACGAAAAGGAUUUGCAGUUAUAAUGACAUUUUCUUUAACGAAUGUAAAAGGCUAAAAGGUGAUGCUUGUACAUAAACAAAGACAAUUGAAAUAUACGGC